AAGCCUUCUUGGCUUGUGAAGAAAUGGCAGAAGUGGGGCCAGGGACGUAGCUCAUUGGCACAGCGCCUACCUGGCAAACAAGAGGGCUUAAGUUCAAUUCCCUAUACUGAAAAAGAAAAAGCAAAAAGAAAAUGGCAGAAGCAUCACCAGAGCUUUCUGAAGGGCAGAUUGUUGUACGCUCAGACACUCACAGUGACACUGUCCUAGCCAGUUUUGAGAAUCAAAGAAAGAAAGGCUUUCUCUGUGACAUUACUUUAAUUGUGGAGAAUGUGCAUUUCCGGGCCCAUAAAGCCUUACUUGCUGCCAGUAGUGAAUAUUUCUCAAUGAUGUUUGCAGAAGAGGGGGAGAUUGGACAGUCCAUUUAUAUGCUGGAAGGCAUGGUUGCAGACAUUUUUGGUAUCCUGCUGGAAUUUAUCUACACAGGUUAUCUCCACACUAGUGAAAAAAGCACAGAACAAGUCCUGGCUACUGCUCAAUUUUUAAAAGUCUAUGACCUGGUAAAGGCUUACACAGACUUGCAGAAUAAUCAUAGCUCCCCAAAGCCAGCAACUUUGAACAGUGCGGGUGCUCCUGUGGUUGUUAUUUCUAAUAAGAAAAACGACCCUCCAAAGCGGAAACGAGGCAGACCAAGAAAAGUCAAUAGUUUGCAAGAAGGCAAAUCAGAACUGGCUGCAGAGGAGGAAAUACAGCUAAGGGUGAACAAUUCAGUUCAGAAUAGACAAAACUUUGUGGUUAAAGAAGGAGACAAUGGGCUACUGAAUGAACAGAUUCCUGCCAAAGAAAAGGAAGAAUGUGAGCCUUCUUGUGAGGCAGGUGGAGUGGAAGAGAUGGCAGCUGAAAAAGAUGAGAACUGUGAUCCGAAGACCCAGGAAGGGCAGGACUGCGAGAGUCGGUACAGCAAGCGGAGGAUCCGGAGGUCCGUCAAACUUAAAGAUUACAAACUUCUUGGGGAUGACGACGACCAUGGUUCAGCCAAGAGGGUGUGUGGAAAGAGAAAACGCCCCAGUGGUCCUGAGGCCCAUUGUAAAGACUGUGGCAAAGUUUUUAAAUACAGUCACUUUUUAGCAAUCCAUCAGAGGAGCCACACGGGGGAGCGACCCUUCAAGUGUAAUGAGUGUGGAAAAGGCUUUGCCCAGAAGCACUCCUUGCAGGUCCACACCAGGAUGCACACAGGCGAGAGGCCGUACACCUGCACUGUGUGUAGCAAGGCUCUGACCACCAAGCACUCACUGCUGGAGCACAUGAGCCUGCACUCAGGACAGAAAUCUUUUACCUGUGAUCAGUGUGGAAAAUAUUUCAGCCAGAAAAGACAACUAAAGAGCCAUUACCGAGUUCAUACAGGCCACUCAUUACCGGAAUGUAACCACUGCAGUCGCAAAUUCAUGGAUGUGUCUCAGCUAAAGAAACACCUCCGAACACACACAGGUGAAAAGCCAUUUACUUGUGAAAUUUGUGGCAAAUCUUUCACAGCAAAGAGUUCUCUUCAGACCCACAUCAGAAUUCAUCGUGGAGAAAAGCCAUACUCCUGCAGCAUAUGUGGCAAGUCCUUUUCUGACUCCAGUGCGAAGAGGAGACACUGCAUUCUCCACACCGGCAAAAAGCCUUUCUCCUGCUCGGAGUGUAACUUACAGUUUGCUCGCUUAGAUAACUUGAAGGCUCACCUGAAAAUCCACAGCAAAGAGAAGCACACUCUAGAAGCCAGCAGCAUUUCCAGCAGUAGCAAUGCUGAAGAGGUCAGGAAUAUUCUUCAUCUACAGCCCUACCAGCUCUCUGCCUCAGGAGAGCAAGAGAUUCAGCUUCUCGUGACCGAUUCUGUACACAACAUCAAUUUUAUGCCGGGUCCUAGCCAGGGCAUCAGCAUUGUGGCCACUGAGAGUUCCCAGAACAUGACUGCAGACCAGGCUGCUAAUCUCACUCUGCUCACACAGCAGCCAGAGCAGCUGCAGAAUUUAAUUCUUUCAGCUCAGCAGGAGCAAACCGAACACAUUGAGAGCCUCAACAUGAUGGAAAGUCAGAUGGAGCCCUCCCAGACGGAGCCAGUGCACGUAAUCACGCUGUCCAAGGAAACUUUGGAGCAUCUUCAUGCCCAUCAGGAGCAAACAGGGGGGCUCCAGUUAGCAGCAAGUGCUUCAGACCCUGCUCAGCACCUGGGGCUGACACAGGAGCCCGAGCUGCCACCACCCACUCAACAUGGGCCCCAGGCCACACCGCUUGGCGGGGAGCAGAGCUGACCUGUGUGCUUGUUGACUGCUCCCUGGGCCCUGCCCAUAAACCAGCUCUAACCAGGUGGGAAAGGCGCCCUGUCUGAGAUGCCAGAUUCCAGAUCUCUGCAGAGAUGUGUUGGCCAGAAGAUAAAUAUAACUUCCAUGUUUUGGGCGAGGGCAUGUGUGUCUGAGCUGUAACACUGAUUUACAUUUAGCGCUUCAAUAUGGAUGAACGCUUUUCAUUUUCAUCUACUAUGUCUCUUAAAGACUGGGGCAGUUUUUCUUUGGGGUCACUGAUUUAGAGUUUUCUGUAAGUAUUUAAUGUUCACAACCAUAGUUUGGUCUUGCUGACCUGUUUAUACUUUUGCGGGGGAUGUGGAGGAAGUCAUGUAGGCUGUAUUGGAUAGAGCUCCUCUUCUUUCUUUCUCUGAAGCAGCACAGUUGCCAGUGCAGACAAGUCAGGGCUGAGUAUAGGGAAUCUGUCCAUUUAAUAACUUCCAAUCUGCUAGGACAGAGUAACCUGAUGUUUAAUCUUUGUAGGACACCAUAGAGUGAUUGUGUCACAUUGAAGGCAGAUUCAAACUCAGAGAAAACUAUAUCUGUAAUUCAAAAAUCAUAUACCAGGAAAGUCAAAUAUACUUUAAAAAAUAAUAAAUUCAAGUUUCCUAUAAAACCCAAUUUAUUUUAAUAGCAGGCUACUAAAUUUUUAAGUAUUAAAAUAUGAAAUUGAAUCAAAACAUUUACUCCAAAUGAACUCUGAAUUUUGUCAGAAAUAUUUGAAUUUCAUGAUGAAGUUAAAGGCCUCAAUUAUCCUGGGACAUAAAAGUAUUCAGUGUAAUUUAACUGUUAAAAAUACUCUACUGAAUUCUGAUUGAUCUCUGAAGAUAUUGAUUUGUGUCUGGGUGUGAUAACUUUCUGGAUGUGGAAACUUAUCUAUUUCAGAUUGUCAAAUCCUGUAAAAAUGGAUACAUCAUUUUUAAAAGUAAAUCUUUUUUUAACCUUAAAAGUAAUUUUAAGGGG